GUCGGGCGUCUAACCCAUCUUCGCGCACACAUGGGUCCGCUGUCCCCGACCUCGCCAAUACAGCAGCCGCCACACAGUGCUGGUCUCUCAUACAAAGGCCUGCGCGCGGCGAUCGACCCGCAGUCCAUUCCGUCCCCAAUUGACGCAAUUGAGAUCGACCGCGAGCAAUGGGACGACCAGCCCUUCGGAACACUUCCGGGAGGACACGUACCUCUGUCCACGACAGACUACGUUGCAAUUGACCAAGGCAACUCCUCCCCUCGGUAUGUCCGGGUAUCGACAUGGAACAUGCCCAGCACGUCACGCCUGGCUUCGGACUGCGAGAUCCCCCUGGCAGCAGUGGUUCAGCCCCUCGCAGACCAGGAUCCUAGGGAAGAGCCUGUACCUCUCGUCGACACCGGUGACAUCGGUCCUGCGCGGUGUGCAAGGUGUCGGGGAUACAUCAAUCCGUGGUGCAAAUGGGUAGCUGGAGGGAUGCGGUGGAAGUGUAAUUUGUGCUUGCAUGAGACAGAAGUCGCAUCGGAGUACUUCUGCAACCUCGAUGCGAACAUGACACGGUUAGACCAUCUGCAAAGACCUGAACUCAACAAGGGUACCGUGGACUUUGCUGUACCAAAAGACUACUGGGCUCCACAGUCACAGCCUCGGAUAGAAGCGCUAUAUCAACCCGUAGUACCCACGUCAACGUCGGAGAAGAGGCCGCCAGAGCCAAUGCGCUACGUGUUCGCGCUCGACGUCUCACAAGAGGCAAUGACGUCUGGCUUCACACAGACUAUAUGUCUGCAACUGCUGGACCUCUUCUAUGGUUACGAUGCAGAAGAUGGGACGCAUGUCGAUCCCUGCUUCCCGCCCCAGAGCAAAGUCUGCAUCCUGUCUUACGACCGGUCAAUACACUUCUAUGAUCUCUCACCACGCGAAACCGACAACCCGUCGAUGCUAGUGCUGCCGGACUUGGAGGAUGUGUUCGUGCCCAUACGACAGGGUUUAUUUGCUGAUGUGCGAGAAUCACAACGGCCCAUCACGAACCUGCUCACUACGCUAGGUGCUACCAGCAAUCGCUUCCUUGAGACUGAAGCCGCGCUUGGCUCGGCAUUGGCUGCAUGUCUGGCUACCCUCGCUGGUAAAGGCGGCCAAGUGAUUGUCUUCCCUGCUGUCAUCCCGACCAUCGGCCUGGGCGCGCUCACAACGCCCGAAGACAUCUCCGUCCUCAUUGGCACAGAGAAGGAGAAGUCGAUCUUCACACCGCGACACGAGGAUUGGCAGGAGCUUGGCGAGCAGUGUGCGGAAGAGGGCAUUGGCGUGAACAUGUUCUUUGCCAACAAUCGGCCGGUCGAUCUUGCGUCAAUAUCGGUGGUCUCUUCGCUCACCGGCGGUCAGCUCUACUUCCACCCACGGUUUGAUCCUGCACGCGACGGGCUGGUCCUCCACUCUGAACUUCGACGUUUACUUCUGCGGACAACAGGUUACUCAUGCCUCAUGAAGAUCCGAUGUUCCCAAGGUCUGCGCAUAACACAACACUACGGCAACUUCUACAAGCCUCCCACGUCAGACCUGACCUUCGGUACGCUCGACGCGGACAAGACUAUCUCCAUCGUGCUGGAGCACACCAAAGCUCUGACGGAAGGGGAGUUUGCAUUCCUCCAGAGUGCCGUCCUGUAUACGACCGUCGCCGGCGAGCGCCGCGUGCGGGUGUGCAAUCUCGGGAUACAGGUUGCGGGCAUGGCCGGGAACGUCUUCAGGUUCGCGGACAUGGAUGCGGUGGUGUGUCAUCUGGUCAGGCAAAGCAUUCAUAAUACGCAUUCUCAGAAGAUCGCCAAGAUCCAAGAGCAGCUGACGGACAAGUGCGCUGCUAUCUUGUUGGCGUACCGCAAGUACUGUGCUGCAUCUGCGCCUGCCUCUCAGCUCAUCAUACCGGAAGCCUUCCGAGCACUGCCGUUAUACACCUUGGCGAUCAUGAAGUCGCGACCGCUCAAAGCUCAGAACGUGGUGACCGACGUGCGGUUGUACCACGCACACAAGAUCAUGGCGAUGAGUGCCCGAGCAACCAUGCAGCAUCUACACCCCCGUCUCAUGGCUUUGCACGAUCUCACUAUGCGAGCUGCGAUGCCGGAUCCGCAGACGGGUCAGAUGCGGUUACCAGGUCUCAUGCGAGCUAGCUACAUUUUCAUGGAGUCGUAUGGAAUCUACCUCAUCGACAACGAAGAGCUCAUGGUGCUCUGGAUAGGCUCGGAUGCGUCGCCUCAACUGUUGAAGGAUCUGUUUGACGUCGACGACUUCUUGCAUGUCGACCCGAAGAUCACUCAGCUUCCGGUGCUCCCGACAAGAUUGUCAGGGCAGGUCCGCAAUAUCAUUGCGUACCGACAUGCCCAGCGGGGGUGGACGCCCAAGCUGUCGAUUUCGCGACAGAACAUGGAUGGUGCAGAGCUCGAAUUCGCAGACAUGCUUGUGGAGGACAAAAACAAUGCGGCAAUGUCAUACCUCGACUAUCUCUGCCUGGUACAUAAGCAGAUCAAUGCGGUGCUAACGGGAGGCUCCUCCUCCAACAGCAACCGCAAUAGCUACAAGUCGGCGCCGUGGUAGAUUGGUUAACAUGUACGCUGAUGCACAUCUAGAUGCAGCAAUAUUGUCGUUGUUGUAUGCGCAGGCAAUUCAUAUCUCGUAUUGCUCGGUUGCAGUCCGUCAAUCCGUU